GUGCUCKCCCGCCUGCUACCAGCGACUCGCGCCCGGGAGCGCAGUAGGGUAGCUGGAGCCGGCUGCAUCCUUUGUGCGGCGCUCGGGUUUCGCCGCGGUGGCACGGGACAGAAUGUGGGCUCUGCGGGGGCUUUUCUCUUCUGCUCAAACUCUGAAAACAAUGGAGUGAAAGGGGAACAUGGAUUGAGGGGCGCGAGCGGGGAGGCGAGYUGCUCUGGGAAAUCAUGACUUCUGCCGCCGAGAUCAAGAAGCCACCAGUGGCCCCCAAGCCAAAGUUUGUGGUAGCAAAUAAUAAGCCAUCUCCUCCACCCGUUGCACCUAAACCUGACAUUGUGAUUGCUAGUGGUCCACAAUCAACAAAGAAAACCAAACCGGCAAUCGCACCGAAACCGAAAGUUCUGAAGAGCUCACCUGGUCGAGACAUUGGGCAGUCAUCAUCAGGAACAAUCUCUGUGAACCUGGAGGAGCAUAAACUGGAAUUACCUGAAAGCACUGACAACUUUAAUUGCAAAAAUGUUGAGGAUCAGAGCAGUGAUUAUAUUUUACCAAUAUGUUCCUGCAGGUCUGAGUGUGUCCAUAAGCUUGGGAAUAGAGAAGAUUCAUAUGUAAAGCAGCUUGUUUUAGAGCCCCUAGAAAUGAAAGAAAAUUUACAAAAUAGUAAAAUUGAUGAGUCCUCUUUGACUAUAAAAACCAAGAGUAGGUGGGAUUCUCGUGGUGAAAAACACAAGAACCAGAGUGGGGUAGUUUUAAAGGCAAGCAUCCUAGAAGGAAAGCUCAAAGAUGUUUUAACACAACAGAUGUCACCUGUAAGUUCCCUGAAGAAGCACAGAUCCACAGACAACCCAGAAAGGAAUGGUGGCUGUAAUUCCAACAGACAAUUCAGAAUUGAACUUGCAGAUUUGUCACCUUCUCUGUCGAGCUUUGUAAAACUUCCUGUUCAUCACAACUGCCACGUACAGCUUCCUAGGGAUGAGUUUCAAAGUCCUGAAACUUGUCAGGACAGCAGUGAAAAAAGCAAUAGUCACUUUCAUUCAUCUGAUCAAGAAGCUCUAGAAAAUGGUAAAAGGAAUACUUUUAUAUCUUCAGAUGGAGUUAGUAAGAAAACAGAAGUAGAAGACCUUGGUCCCUUAGAAAUUCAUUUAGUACCGUGUACCCCCAGAUUUCCAACUCCCAAGCCCAGAAAGACACGUCCUGCUCGCCUGUUACGCCAAAAGUAUAUAGACACUCCUAGUGAAAGUACUGAAGAACCAGAGAAUUUCAACAACAGCUCGUCUUGUCUUAUUGAGGACAGUUUGAAGAACAACAAAGUCAGURUUCUUCAUCAGGAUGUUUUGUGUAACCAAGAACAGGUGGACAAAGUGAAACCAGGAAAUAAUAGUGAACUGAAUAGCAACUCCAACGAUGACAGUCAAGAUUUAAUCAAUUCACAAGCCAUGUGUCAGGAAACAUCUUCCUCUGAAAAAGUGGCACCUUCUUUAGAUACAGACCCUAAUUUGAGUUCUGAUGGUACAUCAGUAGACGGUGCUAGCAUGGCACUUGCCACGGACCAAGGGACGAGUUUUAUAARAUGCAGUACUCUAUCUUUGAGCCUGCCAAAGCAACUCAAAUUAACGUACAAUGAACAUCUGCCUACUGCCUGUAACUUGGGAGUGUCUGUCCCUCAAAUGCAAAAGGAAUCUAUAGUAAAAGAGGAAAGUUCCUCAAAAAUUGUCCCCAGAAAACCUCAAAGACACAGCUUGCCUGCUGCAGGAGUACUUAAAAAGGCUGCCUCAGAGGAACUUGUGGAGAAAAGUUCAUAUCCCUCAAAUGAAGAAAAAAAUUCAGAGAAGGUUCUAGAAAGAAAUCAUUUGUGUGCCUCAAACCAUGGUAUGUCAUCCCCCUUUGACAUGCCUAAACGAACUUCAGAAAAGCCUGUGUGGAAAUUACCUCAUCCUAUUUUACCCUUUUUAGGGAACCCAGAAUCCUUAAAGUCUGUUACUACAUCCUCACAUAGUGAGCCUCCCACUGCCCUCACCAAGCCUAGAGCAAAAUCAUUAUCUGCUGUGGAUAUGGACAGGUGCACUAAGCCUUGUAAAGAUUCUCCAAAGAAAACCUCUCUUAAGAAGUGGCUCAAUAUGAAACUGUCCAUCUCUUUCAUGAAGAGUGAUUUUCAGAAGUUUUGGUCCAAGAGUAGCCAGCUCGGAGAGACAAACACAGGCAGUUGUGGGGAGCAGAAAGGGACUGAAAGUGACUGGCAUGACCUCAUGGUGGGAGAAGAGAAGAGAAGUAAACCCAUCAAGGCAUAUUCUGCAGACAAUUACAGCCUGGAAUCUCAAAAGAAGAGGAAGAAGUCACGGGGCCACACCAGCACAGCUAAUGGUCUGAGAGCUGAGUCUUUAGAUGACCAAAUGCUCUCCAAGGAGUCAUCGUGUCAGGUGGUUUGCAGGUCUCUUACAAACAGCUGUGCUCCAGAAUAUGAAAAUAUACGCCAUUAUGAGGAAAUACCAGAGUACGAAAAUUUGCCAUUUAUUAUGGCUGUAGGGAAAACUCAAGAGUUGGAAUGGCAGGAUUCCUGCAGUGGGGAGGACACUGAUGCAAAUGUGUAUGAGGUAGAAGAACCAUAUGAAGCUCCAGAUGGCCAGUGGCAACUUGGACCCAGACAUCAGCGUUUCAGUUCUGGAACAUCCCAGGAGGAACAGGAUGAUUUCGACCUUGGUCUUGGUGACCUACCCUCUGAUGAGGAGGAAGUCAUUGACAGUUCUGAUGAAGAUGAUGUCAGCUCUGAAUCCAGCAAAGGAGAGCCUGACCCACUGGAGGAUAAACAGGAUGAAGAUGCUGGGAUCAAAAGUAAAGUUCAUCAUAUUGCCAAGGAGAUCAUGAGCUCAGAGAAAGUAUUUGUGGAUGUGUUAAAACUUCUGCAUAUUGAUUUCCGGGAUGCUGUAGCCCAUGCUUCCAGGCAACUUGGGAAGCCAGUGAUUGAGGACCGGAUCCUAAAUCAGAUCUUGUACUACUUGCCUCAGCUCUAUGAGCUCAACCGGGAUCUCCUGAAAGAACUGGAGGAAAGAAUGUUGAAUUGGACCGAACAACAAAGAAUUUCUGAUAUCUUUGUAAAGAAGGGACCAUAUCUAAAAAUGUAUUCUACAUAUAUCAAAGAAUUUGAUAAGAAUAUAGCUUUGCUGGAUGAGCAAUGCAAGAAAAACCCAGGCUUUGCUGCUGUUGUUAGAGAAUUUGAGAUGAGCCCGCGUUGUGCUAAUCUGGCCCUCAAGCACUACCUGCUCAAGCCAGUUCAGAGGAUCCCUCAGUAUAGGCUGCUGCUGACAGAUUAUUUGAAGAAUCUCUUAGAAGAUUCUGGAGAUUACAGAGACACUCAAGAUGCCCUUGCAGUUGUAAUAGAGGUAGCAAACCAUGCCAACGACACCAUGAAGCAAGGAGACAACUUUCAGAAACUUAUGCAAAUUCAGUACAGCUUAAAUGGACACCAUGAAAUAGUGCAGCCUGGACGGGUUUUUCUCAAAGAAGGAAUUCUGAAGAAGCUGUCCCGGAAGGUCAUGCAGCCCCGAAUGUUUUUCCUGUUUAAUGAUGCCCUGUUGUAUACAACACCGGUACAAUCUGGGAUGUAUAAACUGAACAACAUGCUCUCAUUGGCUGGAAUGAAGGUCAGAAAACCCACCCAGGAAGCAUAUCAGAAUGAAUUAAAGAUUGAAAGUGUUGAACGUUCCUUCAUUCUCUCAGCCAGUUCUGCCACUGAAAGGGAUGAAUGGCUAGAAGCAAUUUCCAGGUCAAUAGAAGAGUAUGCCAAGAAAAGAACCACCUUCUGUCCUAGUAGGAGUCUCGAGGAGGCUGACUCAGAAAAUAAAGAUGAAGUUAGUCCCCUUGGAUCAAAGGCUCCCAUCUGGAUUCCUGAUACCAGAGCCACAAUGUGUAUGAUCUGCACAAGCGAAUUUACUCUGACCUGGAGACGACACCACUGCCGGGCCUGUGGAAAGAUUGUAUGCCAAGCUUGUUCAUCUAAUAAGUAUGGCUUAGAUUACCUGAAAAAUCAGCCAGCAAGAGUAUGUGAACACUGUUUCGAAGAGUUGCAGAAACUAGAUCGCCAGCACUCCCCUAAGGUUGGAUCUCCUGGGAAUCACAAAUCUCCUUCAAGUGCCUUAUCAUCAGUCUUACAUAGUAUUCCAUCAGGGAGGAAACAGAAAAAAAUCCCAGCCGCUCUCAAAGAAGUAUCAGCAAACACAGAAGAUUCUUCUAUGAGUGGCUAUUUGUACAGAUCAAAGGGCAAUAAGAAACCAUGGAAACACUUGUGGUUUGUCAUAAAAAAUAAAGUGUUGUAUACAUAUGCUGCAAGUGAGGAUGUGGCAGCUUUGGAGAGCCAGCCUUUAUUAGGAUUCACUGUCACUCAAGUCAAAGAUGAGAAUUCAGAGUCUAAAGUAUUUCAGUUACUGCACAAAAACAUGUUAUUUUAUGUGUUCAAAGCAGAUGAUGCUCACUCAGCUCAGAAGUGGAUAGAAGCAUUUCAGGAAGGCACAAUAUUAUAGCAGUAUUGGUUUCAUCUUUUCUGUGAUUCCAAGGAAGUGGAAUUUCAUCAGAAUGGAGUAAAAGCAAUUCAAGCAUUUUAUAAAAGUAAACACUGCCAAGAUAAAUCCAACCAAACACUUCAUCAGAUAUAAGAAAUUAUUUUGUUAGGUAUAAGGAGUUUUUUUAAUUAAUGUUUGCUUUUUCAUGUAUGUUAUUUAUUAAAGUUGUGAUGUUUACUUAAUGGUCAGAAUUGUUUCUGAGAUGCACACUGAAUUCUAAAGUACCAUAAUACCUUAAUAUUAUAUACAGUGUUAAUUAUUUGUGACACAGUCCACAUCAUUUUCUCUGCUUUUACACUGUGACAUUUUCACUAGUGACAAAUCUUUGUAAGUUAAAAAAAAAAAACACAUCAAGAAGCAAAUUUCCAUGUGGUGCUUGGUUUAGAAAUUAAGAUUAUCAUAAAAAUGCUGGUGAAAAAUGCAUAUCUUUGAAUUAAUAAGUUAGAUGAAUUUUUUUAAUCUUUCAAUGAAAAAUAUAUGGCUAGUUUCUACCUCAGUAACUGUGAAAUGAAAUUUCAGUAAAUUGUCUAAAGUAUUUCUACCUUAUGUAUGUCUUCUGGCAUGAGUUAAUAUUAAUCAUCAAAGAAUUAUAACAAAGGAAUAGAAAUCUGACUUUUAUCAAACUGUGAGUAGGAAUGAGGAUGUUUUCAUUUGCAGAGACACAAGUAAUCAACUCUAUGGGCUUUUCAUUAAUUGAGUAUUUUUUUAAAUAGCAAAAUAUGGCAAGUAUUAUUUUAUAUAAUAUUCCCUGCUAUUUUGAGAAUUCUGAGCCCAAGUCAGGUAUUUAUAAGUGUUACAUUUCCUAUAAUGUUGAGCUUUAAAAAAAAAUGAACUGGAAUUACCAUGUUAGAAAAGCACAAAUUCUAAGCCAAUAUCAACUGAAAAUGUAUAGUAUUCUUUUUCAUUUGUG